GGUUUUAUCCACUUCCCUCAAACUCAUCCCCUGAAAUGGAUCAGAAUGAAGGAGGAAAACCCAGUAUGGAGAAGGCCAAGAGGUCUCUGGAGCUGACCGACGACGAGUCAGAGGCCGUGUCCAGGCUCGCCGUUCGGCCUCACCGAGCCGGCGCCGGUCCGAGCUUCUACGAGUAUUUCGCUCUCAGAGGCAUCCAAGUCGACCGAGUCGAACCGGGACUCGUCGUCUGUACUUUCAAAGUCCCUCCCCACCUCAGCGAUAGAAGUGGAAGGUUGGCCAAUGGUGCAAUUGCAAACCUCGUUGAUGAAGUGGGUGGUGCAGUUGUUCAUGUUGAGGGCCUCCCUAUGAAUGUUUCAGUGGAUAUGUGCAUCUCUUAUAUGUCAACUGCGAAGCUUCAUGAUGAAUUAGAGAUCACCUCAAGGGUGUUAGGACAAAGAGGGGGUUAUUCGGGAACGAUAGUGCUUAUGAGAAACAAGGUAACUGGGGAGGUUAUUGCUGAAGGUCGACAUUCAUUGUUUGGUAGACAUGCUAGCAAACUAUGAGUCCCUGACUUUAGCAUGUAGUACUAUGUACUAUAUAUGGAGGGAACUCCUUGAGGCAUAGGUUGAAUAAUACUUUCUUCUUGUAAUUAAUUGUUUUUCAUAUUGAAUAAAGAUUGAGAAUCUUGGCAAUAAAGUUAUUCAGGUAUAAUGUUAUGGACCAACA